AUGAAUAAACAGAAAAUCUACGAUACCAAUUUUAAGUUGUUCAAAUUGAUUGGUGUUUAUCAAAUGGUGGACCCACAUUGUCAAAAAAUAUUUGGUUUUAAUGUAUACCAUUUUGUAAAUAUUAUAUUCAUUAUAUUUACAACGAUUAUGACAAUUUUGGGUCUAUCUGGAUUUUUUUACAAAGUGCACAAUACCAAUUAUAACAAUAGUGAUGUUGAUGUAAUAUUUAUAAUAUUUUAUGUGGUCUGUAUAACGAUUGGAAACCUCAAAGUAAUAAUAAUAAUGUUUAAAGCUAGAGAACUUUGGAACAUGCUGGGAGUUACGGAUGAGACAUUUUUAUCAAAUGCAUUUUACAAAAGAAACUAUUAUAAGAUCGUAAAAUGUUGUGGUCUAUUAUCAAAAUUCUUCAAUUUGUACUUUUCUUUUCUUUUGAUCACUUUAACGUCAUAUGCAAUCGUGCCAAUAGUUUUGAAUGCUCACUCCAUUAACGAUUCAACACAAAAUACAGAGACUAUUCAAAAAAUGAACAUUAUCAACCUUAAGUACCCGUUUACUGUAGAAACGUACAAUGCCUUUUUUAAAUUAUUUUAUGCAUCAGAAUGUAUUUUGUUAUUUUACAUCGGAUUUGGAGUAUUUGCAUUAGACCUAUUGUCAAUGACCAUCUUAGUGGUAAUAUCAGCUCAAUACAAGUUAAUAGCAUCUGCAUUUGAAGUUUUGGAACACAGAGUGGACGAUAAAGAUGGUGCGUUGUUAAUACUUAAUACUUAUCUUAUUACUUAG